AUGAUGGACCCAUGCCAAGCGGGCGCUUGCUGCAGUUGCAGCAUCAGCAACAGCUGCUGCGAGGACGCAGGAACAGAAUCCUUCCUGCAGCAGUCUUGCUGCAUAGCUGCAGCAGGGGAACUGGCCUGCAGCAGAUGUGCUGCAUACGCUCAGCUGCUGCGACUGCGGUGUGACUCAUCCCCUUCAUUCUUCGCUCCUUCUGCUGCCGCUGCUGCUGCCUUGUCGUGUGCCGCUCCCCCAAAGUCGGAAGAGCUGGAGACAGCAGCGGCAGCAGCUGCUGCUGCUGCGGCAGCAAAUGGCUCCCCAGCAGAGCUGCAGCGGUGCGCCGUUGCAGCGACGGAGUCCCCUUCGUCAUGCUGCUGCUGCUGCUUCUACUACGGCGUCAGCAACAACUGUUGUGGCAGCAGCAGCUGCAGCGAAAGUAGCUGCGGCAGCAGUAGUUGCGUCAGCGGUAGCUGCGGCAGCAGUAGCUGCGGCAGUUGCGGGAGCAGUAGUUGCGGCAGUAGUAGCUGCGGCAGCAGCAGCUGCGGCGGUAACAGCUGCACCGGCAGCAGCAUGAGCUGCGAAGUGUGGGGCGCGCUGCCGGUGUCUGCCAGUGAAGAGAUGCAAUGUCUUUUCAGUGGUGCAUGCGUUCCUUGUCUGGCGCUGCAAGAGGCAGCCAGCCCCUUAGCAGCAGAAGACAGCUGUGGGGGGUCUCAGCUAUGGGGCCCGCCGGAGGAUAGUUGGGUGCCGCGAGACUGCUGGGGGCCCUCUGCGCGGUGUACAGGCAGCGGGGGUGCCCCCGGACACGAGCGGCGCCCUGCUGCAGCAGGCGUUGGGGCGCUGCUGCUGCAACUGCCCAGCAGCCUCAUCUGUGAUGCUGCGCGGCUUACGAGCGCCCCUAGUCCACUCAACUGCAGUGACGGUUCGCUGCGGGCCUUGCCGUCCUGCAACGCAGAAGCAGAUGCAGCAGCAACGCCAGCAGCACAGGACUGCUGCCAGCAACGAUGCAGUGGAGCGUACAGCUGCCGGAGCAGCACCAGCACAUGCUGCUGCGCAUUCGAGGCAGAGGUGCUGAGACAGCACAGAAUGGAUGCUGCCGAUGAUUUGCUGCGGCUAGACGAGGACCUCCUCCUCCACAACGAUCAAGUUGCUGCUCCUGCUGCUCCAGCUGCUGCUGCUGGAGCUUCAGCUGGUGCUGCUGCUGGUUCUGCCCCGGCACCCACGCCCUGUCGCGACGUGCAGCAGCAGCAACAGCAGCAGCAGCAGUUGGAUUUGCAGCGCUUUGAACAGCUUUCCCCUCUCCCGAUGUCUUCUUGUGCGAGUGGCUGUUCAUCUCCUUUACAGCCGACGCACAUCGAUUCGCAGACGCCCUCAAACCAGCAGCAGCAGCAGCAGCUAAUGCUGCUUGAGGGGCAGGGCGCCCAGUCUUUGCCAAUGGAGAGUCAGCAGACAGACUCAGGGGCUCUGCAGCAUUCCCUCUUCACAGGGAAGAGACUGCGCUCGAGGCGGCGACGGCCCAUAGAACCCCUUGCGGCGCAGAGACAGCAGCAGCACCCACCGCAGCAGGAGGAGGAGGACCAGCAGCAACAGCAGCAACAGUUUCCUCCGGGCGGCUGCUGCUGCGGCGGCCAUCCAUGUGUGUGCUCGCAGCAGCAGCAGCAACAGCAACACCACCACCAAGCAGCAGGCAGCUUCUUCGUGGCGGAGGCGGACGCUGCAGCGGGCCAGGGCUGCUACGCCAACGUGCAGCCAGAGCAGCAGCAAGAAGAGCAGCAGGAGUCGCCGAUGUUACACAAGAGAAAGGUACUGACUAACACCCCUCCGGCGGAGUCGAGCUGCGAGGAGUGGUCAGCUGGCCGAGGGGACCAGUGGUCAUGUGAGGGGCCGGGAGCGCAACAAGCUCUGCUGCUGUCGGCAGAGGAGCAGCAACAGCAGCAGCAACAACUGUCUCCUGCCUCUUUCUAUGACUUUUCGUGUUCACCCACCACGGCGGCCACAAACUCGCAGCAGCAUCAGCAGCAACAGUUGCAGCACAGCGAGUCGUCCACAGCAACUUGCAGCGCGUGCGGCAGUGCUUCCAGCUGUUGCUGCUGUAGUUCGUUGGGGCUGGAGCAGCAACAGCAGCAGCAGCAAGUGGGCAUGCACACGUUAGUGGAUGGCACGUUGACGCGCCAGCUCUCUCACGUGUCGCAAGAAUCCGGGGUAGGCGGUGAGGCAGCAACAAACGGCAGCAGCAGCCGCAGCAGCACCGCACAGGAGUUGGGUCGGGACUCGUCCCCGCCUUCUGCAGCACUUUCGCCCAAGGUAGAAGCGACAGCAGCAGCAGCAGCAGCGGCAGCAGCAGGCGUGGGGCCACCGUUCGCGUGCGGCGGGGACCUAUGCCUGCCGCAGUGCGAAGACAGCAACGCCUGCCCUUCGCUGCUGCGGCUAACAGAGGCUCAGUGGCAGCAGUUCAGGGCUCAGGGCCUCUUCAAGUUAGGCGACAAAGGGCGAGCCAUAAUCAAAAGCAGGAUUUCCAGGCAGCUCCGCGUCUUCCCCCAUCUCCGCAAGAGGGCCUCAGCAGUCGCUGGGAUAUGCGGGCUGUAUGACGUGCUGCCCCCCCAGUUCCAGCCGCUCUCCUUCAGGGGCUCGCAGCCGGGGCAGCCACAGCAGCAAAACUGCCAGCUUGACGCGCAGCAGGAGGCGGCAGCAACAGCAGCAACAGCAGCAGCAGCAGCAGCUGUUGUGGGGCCGUUUUCUUCCCUCAGCCCUCUCACCAGCAGCUCGCUUACUGACGCGGGGCCAGCAGGCAGCGCUGCUGCAGUGGCUGCUGCAGCUCUCAUGCACCGGCAGCAGCUUCGCAGCAUCUUCGCGAGAGGAAGACAUGCUGCUACAGUGGCUGUAUCUAGACCCAUCCCGAAUCAUCCGCUAGCUUUGGACAAGGCAGAAACAGCAGCAGCGACAACAGCAACGACAACAGUAGCGACAACAGCAGCACCAGCGGCAGCAGCACCAGCGGAGGGAGCUGCAGGGGGCUAG